CACUAUGCUGAUGUAGCAUAGUGGAGGGCUAGCUUUCCCCUCCUCCCCUGGCCUAAUAUAAAUACAAGGUCCAUCCUUAUUAGUCCCUUCUCUUUCUCAUCAGUCCGCUGUUGUCCGAUCCCUCGUCAGUCACCAAACAACAGUGAGUGCCCCAAUACUGCGCGAGCCUCUUAAUGUUGAACGAUUCGCGCGUCGUGUUCCCAGACGGGAUAGGGGCCUUAAUCGUCGAGAGCGAUGAAAGGUUUCUAAGAUCGGCUGCCUUGAUGCUCUCUCUCCUAAACUACCGAGUGGCCACGUGCGAGAGGCCAACGUCGGUAGUCAAGCUCAUCACCGGAAGACUCAAAGACGCCGACGUCGUCUUCAUCGACGCUCUGAGAGCCGCAACCUGCGGCUUCGACUUCCGCAGAAUCGUGGAGUCCCAUCUGUGCAUCCCAGUCGUCUACUUCCUCUCUCGGGAUUAUGGGGUCACCGGCGACGUGUCUGAGGCUCUGCAGCGCACUGUUUGGGCUGCCACCUACGUCGUCAGGAAGCCCCUCGACGCUGGAGAACUCAGCAGGCUGUGGAAGGUCAUCAAGUGGUCCAAGUUUUUGCUGCGGCGCGCAUGGCCGGAAUGGCCUCGCGGCAGCCGAGUGCGUCCCGCCGUCGUCGGAGCACUUCUGCCCGGCUCCUCUACCGUUGAUGGCCGAUGGGAAGACGACGACGACGACGGCCGCGAACAUUUCAGGGCGGUGAGGGCAGGAAGAGGCCGGAGGAGGAAGCUGGGUGAUCGCCAAUACCACGGCGGACGAUCCUCCGGCCGCGGUGGCGGCGGCGGCGUUGCAGUUGGAAUUGGAAUAGGACGACGCCAGCCAACUGAGAGACUGGAGCAAAUGAACUUGACAGGAUGGCAGCAGGAGAACGAUGACGACGACGGCGUGUUUCCUAUCCACCAACAGCCUGCACAACAGAACCGACCAGGAGUCCAGACCAUGGACGAUGUCCAGAACCAGCAGCAUGGUCGGUCCCUGUUCAUGCAGCCCGGCCCCCAGACGCUCAAUGUGCCGCACAACAACCCCAUGAUCUCCCCCGACGCUGGCUGGCCGAGCAGCAGCAAUGUCGCAGCCUUCGCUGGCGCCAGCAACACCACCGGCCCAACACUGCUGCAGGGAGUGUACCAAGCACCGGCGGCACGAGGAGCAAGAGCAGCAUCGCCGGCACCGCAUGCGGUGUACGCACCACCAGCGCCAGGACUGCGCCCUCCGGUGUAUCAGCAGCAGCAGCAACCCAUGGCGCCCCUCUACGACUUCGGCGACAUGGUCGCACCGCCCGCGGCAGUACCACUACCAAUACCAACCAUGGCCGCCACCAGCGGACACCAGCCGCAGUUCACCCUCAACCAUCACCACCAGCAGCAGCAGGAGGAGGAAAUGUUUGCGCCGCGGAGGCAAGGCGGCUGGAUGGGGAGUCGUCGUCGUCGCGAGACCGGACCCAUCAUGCUUUCCUUCCAGCAGCCACAGGCCGCUGAUCCUUUCACCCCUAUGGCUGGCAGUGGCCCUUUCACGCCUAUGGCGGCUGGGCAGGCUGGCAGUGGCACGGCCUUUGGAGCUUCAUCACCUACAGGUGCUACAGAUGCAGGAGCGUACGGGGCCGCUGCCGUGGCACAGGCACAGCUUCAGUCCCCGAACGCUGGUGCUCAACCAGCUGACAGCAGCUUUGAUGAUGUGCUCCGAGCCAUGAUGGAGAUGGACUACUAUGCCAACAACUGCAGCGCCGAAGCACUCAUGGCCCCGGCUACAGACGAGUUAGCAGGUAUGCAAGCAGCAGCAGCACUUGGCAGCAGCGGCAACUACAACGCUGGACCAUUCAUGGUGACGGAUGCGAAUGGCGGCAAUGGUACACCAUUCAUGGCGCUGGCGCUAGCGCCACAGGAUCCCGCCGCGCCAACUGGGAACCAAAACCAAGUCCAGGUGGAGUUGGGAGCACCGGACAUCUACGGCGGAUCACUGCUGGUGGGGUCUCAUCAAGGCGGCGGGACUAGUGCAAUGUUCAAUGGGGAUGGUGACAUGGCACCAAUGUUUCCUUCUAACGAGUACGGUGCGACUGCGAACGCCAUGUUCUCUCUGGAUGCCCUUCUGGAUUUCGACGACGGCGUCCCAACGUACCCUGAAGGCCACCAGGUCGCUGCAGCUGAUAGCACCACCGCCAGCAACGCUACAGGAAUCAUGUCAAAUGGCGGGGAAAGUGGUGGCUCGGGACCGAGCUGGAACAUGGGAGCUGCAGCUGCUGAUGAAGGUCUGGAUAUGUUGGAAGAGUUCUUAAUGGAGGACAAUGAGUCUGGUUUUCUUCUCCCGCAAGACAUGAACAAUGGCCUCCAGUAGCUGGUGGUGCAGCCAUGACGAGAAACCUGAGAGAUUUUAAGAGUUCGAGAGAGGAAGAGAACUAUAAAUUAGCUAGAUUCAAUAAUGUACAGGCAACCCUGUCUAAAGUUCUGUUUGCUGUAGAACUAGAUACUUGGUGCACCCGUACUUAGAAGUGUUUGGUAAGAUACAGAAAAGGGGAGUGCCCCUGUGAUCAUUUUCCGUGUGUUUGGUUGAGUGCAUGCGCCGUGCAAAGCACUACAAAUCAGAUAAGUCUAUCUGUUUGGUUGCU